UAAAAGAUAAUUUUUUCUGGUUAAAUUACGAAAAAUUGUGUGAAAGAAAACUUUUUUUGUUUCAGAUUUCACGGUAAGAUUCUAUCGUCCGUGCCGGCAGUAACCGUGGAUCUACGGAUGACAGAGGACGCGCGCGAUUUGUUUGAACACAUUGAGUUAUUUAAUUAUGAGUAAAUAAUAAAAAAUAUAAACAAAAUUUGUAAACAGUAUUGUGUGUUGUUGAAUUUUUAUGGAUUAAUAGGAUCGAUUCAUUAUGACUUCGUCUGAAGAAAUGAAACGGCAUGGACUAAAUGGAAUAAUGAAAGAAAUAAGAAACAAAAGUUGUAAAUGAGAGGUCAAAUGACGCAAAUUUAUAAUAUUUCCAAUAUAACAAAUAAAAUGAAUGAAUCUGGUGAAGUUGAUCCCACACAAAUAUUCGGCCCUCGACGUGAUUCGCUCUAUAUCGUAGUGCCAAUAACAAUUGUCUAUACAAUUAUAUUUAUUACCGGACUUAUCGGGAAUAUAUUUACUUGCAUUGUCAUAGUUCGAAAUAAGAGCAUGCAUACAGCAACCAACUACUAUUUAUUCAGCUUGGCCAUAUCAGACCUUCUAUUACUGAUAAGUGGGAUGCCGCAAGAGAUUUAUUCCAUUUGGUCAAAAUGGCCAUACAUAUUUGGGAAUGUUUUCUGUGUCUUACGUGGCUUGGCAGCUGAAACAUCGACCAAUGCUAGUGUAAUGACGAUCACGUUGUUUACAAUAGAAAGAUACUUGGCUAUUUGUCACCCUUUUGUCUCCCACAAGAUGUCCAAACUAUCACGAGCGAUCAAACACGUUCUGCUACUGUGGGUGGCAUCAUUAGCUUUAGCAUUACCUCAGGCACUUCAAUUUGGUAUUAAAGUUCAUAGAGGUGUAACUAUGUGCUUACAGACUAGAGUUAUUCUAGAACAUUCAUUUGAGAUAUCCACUUUCUUUUUCUUCUUUGCACCUAUGAUAUUAAUCACUGUACUCUAUUCUCUUAUUGGACUUCGGCUUUAUAAAACAAAUUUAGGAAAACAAAAUGUAGAAGGCAAACAAUUACAAAGACAUGCCAUCAAAGCGCAUUCAAUACAUAGAAAAAAUAGCACGCAGUCUACAAAACGGGUUGUCAAAAUGCUUGUUGCUGUAGUGGUUGCAUUUUUUGUGUGUUGGGCGCCAUUUCAUGCUCAACGAUUGGUCGCAAUAUACGGAACCUCUGAGAAUCACCUGGCAAAGUCACCAGUUCUCCUGAAGGUCUACUAUUUCAUGACGUACUUCUCAGGAGUAUUCUACUACAUGUCGACGUGUAUAAAUCCUAUAUUUUAUAACAUCAUGUCAAACAAGUUCAGAGAGGCUUUCAAGAAUACUAAUUUACAAUGGUGUUGCCAUAACACUAAACACUCUACUCGUCAAAGGGGUUCCUAUAGCACAAUGCCUUUCUCAAGACAUAUAGUACCAAGUGGAUCAAUACAAUCAGGUAAUUCCAUAAAAAAGGAUAAAUCAAGCUCUUUGACUAAAAUAACAUACAAAAAAGAAGAAAAGCCGAUUGACUCACCGCCAAUGAGAAAUUGGAAAAUUUGUGAAAAAUGUAGAAGAACAGUUACAACAACCGUGAUAAGCUACAAUAACAUAAACUGUGACCACCACGCGAACAUCUUACAAGACACUCGUGUAGCGAUCAAUAUUACAACCUGAACCAAAUCAUAUUUUAAAUAAAGUCCAUUAAGCGAAUGAAAAAUUCUGUUCGUAAAAUAAAUGAAUUAUAAGUUGGUAUUAGAUAAAAUUGUGACAAUCGAACUCUCGCAGAUAAUUUAAUUCUUGAUUCUGAAAACUGAUGCUAAGUUAGAAAGAACAUCAGAUAAAUCUCAGCCGGUCAUUUUAUAGAUUAAAAAAUCUAAAGUUGUUUGUCUGAAAAUAGCAUCAAUAUAAAAAUAAUUUACAGAAUCAUAAUAUUAUGAUAAAUUGAAAUAUGUUAAUAUUUAUAUAUAGUUUAUUUCUCCAUCAUGAUGCACUUAAUUCUUAAAUAGAAGUCACUUAUAACCUAAGAGUGAAGUUCGAGUGAAAAAUGGUUAUCUACUUUUUUGUAUUAUAAAAUAGAUUUUAUGUGAAAAAAAAAAUAAUAUAAUAUGUAAUUAGAAUUGUCUUUAGAAUAAAAUACUGUGAUUUUUUUUAAAUCUUUAGUCCAGUUACGAGAUUAUAGACAUUUGUUUACGGUCUGUACUUUUUUCACUUGUCUAUUUUCUACUAUUAUUUUGUAUAUAAAUACUUCUAUUUCUUGUUUUUUUUUUUGUACAUAGAUAUUUCUUUAUUUUAUAGGACGUAUGUAUAUUUUUACAGGGUAAAUUAAUCUAAGUCAGGGCUCUCCUUGAUCAGGUUACGUUGUCCUUUGUUGAAUAAAAUUUUAUUUAACAUAAUUUUAUAAAUUUUGAUGAGAUGUAGUUUAUAUAAAUAUAGUAUUAAUGCGUCUGCGCUAUUUAUGAUAGGAUUUGGUGCGUUUCAUCAAUUUAAUGCGUCCUUAAUAAGACUUGAUAAUUAUGAUUCCGUAUUAAUAUCUUAUAUGUAUAAAUUAUCCUAUUUUUUUUUUAAAUUUAGAUUCAAUAAAUAAUUAUUUUAAGCUAA